GCCUGCUCCGUCACAAUUAUCAGCGCGAGCGGCGGCGAUAGUGCAAGAGCCAGCCCCGAAGCCAAGCGAAGCUCACGCGGCCUCACUGCCCUAAAUCCUCCGCCAAUUUACACAAUAAUCAUAAAACAACGGAACGGACCGCUUGUGCACUGUAAGUAGGAGACGCCAUUAACCAGACGAAUAAAUCGACUCAAGUUUCGGACAGCACGUUUAACGGAAUGUAUCUGACUGUGGGGGAUUAUUUCCAACGGUACGGUAAAGUGAAGUGAGGACCUGCCUUUUAGAAGACCUGGAUCCGCGCAAGGGUUGGCAACAAUUUAUACCAGUCAAUUAUAGCAGAUGAGCUUCAGUGGUUAGCUGUGGUUAGUAACGUUUGCAGAUGUCCUUUCCUCCCCCAUUUCAACUCACGCCGGAAGAUCUGGGAAUUCCAAUUCUGUUGUUCACCGUUUGCCUGUGUUAAAAAGGAACAGUUUCUUCCCUUGAUUCGGUCGCUCCUCGUUCCACUACAUCAAGAUUGGCACAGGAGACACAGGGGUUGCUUGCGGACGGAAUGCGCCUCUCGCAGAAGUAGUUACACCGAGUGAAUUCUUAUCUUCCGAAAGGGAGCAUGGUGAACUGAGGGCUCCAGAGGUGGGAUUGCUCAAGCUCCUCCUGUCGGCUGGAGCUCCCCCUUGAUUGGACAGGAGACCCGUUUGCUCCGCCCACUCCACACUCACAUGAGCAGGAUGAGGAGGUUUGCCUACUGUAAGGUGGUGUUAGCCACGUCCCUGGUGUGGGUGAUGCUGGACAUGUUCAUCCUGCUCUACUUCAGUGAGUGCAACAAGUGCGACGACAAGAAGGAGAGAGGACUACCUGGGAGAGAGUCGGUGGUACCGAGGCCCCAUGAUGGGCCAGGGGAGAUGGGCAAGGCGGUGGUGAUCGCUAAGGACCAGCAGGAGAAGAUGAAGGAGAUGUUCAAGGUCAACCAGUUUAACCUGAUGGCCAGCGAACUCAUCGCCCUGAACCGCUCUCUACCAGACGUCAGGCUGGAGGGAUGUAAGAAUAAGCUGUAUGCCGAUGAUCUUCCUCGCACAAGCGUGGUGAUUGUGUUCCACAACGAGGCCUGGACCACCCUGCUGCGCACGGUUCACUCCGUCAUCAACCGCUCGCCACGGAAACUACUGGAGGAGAUUGUGCUGGUGGAUGAUGCCAGCGAAAGAGACUUCCUGAAGCGUCCGCUGGAGCAGUAUGUGCGUAAGCUGGAGGUGCCAGUGCGGGUGGUGCGGAUGGAGCAGCGCUCGGGGCUGAUCCGGGCACGGCUGCGCGGGGCGGCGCUCUCCACCGGCCAGGUCAUCACCUUCCUGGACGCCCACUGCGAGUGCACCCUCGGCUGGCUGGAGCCCCUGCUGGCUCGCAUCAGACAGGACAGGAGGACAGUGGUGUGUCCCAUCAUUGAUGUGAUCAGUGAUGACACAUUCGAGUACAUGGCCGGCUCUGACAUGACCUAUGGGGGCUUUAACUGGAAGCUGAAUUUCCGCUGGUAUCCAGUGCCCCAGAGAGAGAUGGACAGGAGGAAAGGAGACAGGACCCUGCCAGUCAGGACUCCCACCAUGGCGGGGGGCCUGUUCUCCAUAGACAGGGAUUACUUCCAGGAGAUUGGCACUUAUGACUCUGGCAUGGACAUCUGGGGUGGAGAGAACCUGGAGAUAUCCUUCAGGAUCUGGCAGUGUGGUGGGACACUGGAAAUCGUGACCUGUUCUCACGUGGGUCACGUGUUCCGUAAGGCCACGCCUUACACGUUCCCUGGUGGAACUGGACAGAUCAUCAACAAGAACAACAGACGGCUGGCUGAGGUGUGGAUGGACGAGUUCAAGAACUUUUUCUACAUCAUCUCGCCAGGAGUGACUAAGGUGGACUAUGGGGACAUCUCCUCACGUGCCUCUUUGAGGCAGAGACUGCAGUGUAAGCCCUUCAGCUGGUACCUGGAGCUUAUUUACCCUGACUCUCAGAUCCCACGUCACUACUACUCACUGGGAGAGAUCCGUAAUGUGGAAACGAACCAGUGUUUGGAUAACAUGGCACGAAAGGAGAAUGAAAAAGUGGGGAUAUUUAACUGCCACGGCAUGGGAGGCAACCAGGUGUUUUCAUACACGGCCAGUAAGGAGCUGAGGACAGACGACCUGUGCCUGGACGUCUCCAAGCUCAACGGCCCGGUCAUGAUGCUCAAGUGCCACCACCUGAAAGGCAACCAGCUGUGGGAGUAUGACGCUCUGCGCUUGACUCUGGUGCACGUGAACAGUAAUCAGUGUUUGGAUAAGGCCUCGGAGGAAGACACCCAGGUGCCCAGCGUGAAGGACUGCAGCGGCGUCCGCUCCCAACAGUGGCUGCUCCGCAACGUCACACUCCCCGAGAUCUUUUGAGCGCACACACGCACACGCACACGCACAAGCACGUGCAUGCGCGUACACACACCCAUGCCGGAAGACCGGGCGAAGAAGCAAAUAGAGAGAGAGAGAGAGAGAGAAAGAAAGAAAGAGAGAGAGCGGGAGAGAUUUAGGUCUGAAACGUCUUGAACUUUUUUUUUUUUUCUCCGGUGAUGGAAAAACCGAUCAGCCCAUUAUUUCACCAGAUAGAUGGAGAGAGACGGAGAGAGAGACUCUGUUGUUUGUUCGCUGCAAAGAGAGACAUCAGUUUGGUGCGCUCAUCAUCCUCCACUGAGGAGCAUAUCAGUUAUGUUUACGAGACAGCCUUCCUUCCUUUCUUUGUGUGUGUGUGUGUGUGUGUGUGUGUGUGAGUGUGUGCGUGUGUGUGUGUGUGUGUGAGUG